AUGAUUCAGGAACUGAAGUCCUCACUACAUAGUAAAUUCAAAAUAAAAGACCUUGGCAACCUCAAAUAUUUUCUUGGCAUUGAGGUGCUGAGAUCCAAGACAGGAAUUCUACUCAACCAAAGGAAAUAUGCACUUGAGUUGAUAUCAGACUCAAGGCUCAGUGGUGCUAAACCAGUAAACACCCCUUUGAAGGCUAAUGUUAAGCUCACUUCUGUUGAUUAUGAUGAGCAUGCGGGCAUUACAAAUGAUCCACCUUAUCAGGAUGUCACUGCAUAUCAAAGGCUCAUUGGAAGACUGUUGUAUUUGACAAUCACUAGACCUGAUAUUAGUUUUGUUGUUCAAGUUCUAAGUCAAUUCACGCAAUUUCCUAAGAUGUCACAUUGGGACGCUGCUUUGAGAUUGGUGAGAUAUAUCAAAAAAUGUCCAAGUCAAGGUUUGUUGAUCAGCAGCAACUCUAGCACAACUCUACAAGCUUAUUGUGACUCAGACUGGGCUGCAUGCCCCAAUACUAGAAGAUUUGUAACAGGCUAUGUCAUUAAAUUGAGGCAGUCUCUUAUCUCUUGGAAAUCCAAGAAGCAACAAACAGUAAGUAGAAGCUCAGCUGAAGUAGAAUACAGAAGCAUGGCUACUGCAGUUUCAGAAAUUGUUUGGUUGUUAGGCCUGCUAAAGGACUUGUAUGGUCACGACCCAAUUUAG